CGUUGUUUGAUUGCCAAUAAAAGCAUCGAAUCGGAGAAAAACGCAGAGAAACAGAGCAAUGAUGAUGCAGUUGAUGAGAGCUGGCGUUGAAUUCAGUUUCCAUGGUCGUCGUUGAAAUGGGUGGAGCAUCAAUCACAGUCACCAACUGCUGCAAGCUACCAAACUGUGAGUUGAGUCGCUGCUUUCGCUUCCGAUCCAAGUGUGCGUCGUCAUCAACAACGUCAACAGCACCAGCUUCCUCUUCGGGUUUUCUGUUCUUGCGCUCUACAAAGCGCUCUUCACGACCAUGAUCAUUUCCCUUACGCCCUCUAUUGGAUCUCAGCUGCAGAUCCACCUCCGCCAUUCAAAUCAAAUCCAAGCCCGUUUUCAAUCUUUUUCUCAUGGACCCGGCUGCUCGCCCCGCUGUAGUUAUCGACAAUGGCAGUGGGUAUACUAAGAUGGGGUUCGCGGGUAAUGUCGAGCCGUGUUACAUUGUUCCGACUGUAGUUGCCUUAAAUGAAUCGUUUCUGAACCCGGCCAGAACCUCCUCCAAGGCUGGUUGGCUAGCGCAGCACAAUGCUGGCGUAAUGGCUGAUCUUGAUUUCUUUAUAGGUGAUGAGGCCCUGGAAAGAUCUCGAUCUAGUACAACUUACAAUCUAAGCUAUCCCGUUCGCCAGGGUCAGGUCGAGAAUUGGGAUUCAAUGGAGCGGUUUUGGCAGCAAUGCAUAUUCAACUAUUUGCGUUGUGAUCCUGAGGACCACUAUUUUCUUUUAACUGAGAGUCCACUUACUGCCCCUGAGAGUCGCGAGUAUACCGGCGAAAUUAUGUUCGAGACUUUCAAUGUUCCUGGCCUUUACAUUGCCGUGAAUUCGGUACUUGCUCUUGCAGCUGGUUACACAACGUCUAAGUGUGAGAUGACAGGGGUUGUGGUAGAUGUUGGAGAUGGAGCAACUCAUGUUGUACCUGUUGCAGAAGGUUAUGUUAUUGGGAGCAGCAUCAAGUCAGUUCCUAUUGCUGGGAAAGAUGUAACUCUCUUCGUCCAGCAGCUUAUGCGGGAAAGAGGAGAGAAUGUGCCACCAGAAGACUCGUUUGACGUAGCUCGCAAAGUGAAGGAAAUGUAUUGCUAUACUAGUUCUGACAUUGUCAAGGAGUUCAAUAAGCACGAUAAAGAACCAUCCAAGUAUAUUAAGCAAUGGAGAGGCAUUAAACCAAAGACAGGCGCACCCUACUCUUGUGACAUUGGCUAUGAAAGAUUUCUUGGUCCAGAGGUUUUCUUUAAUCCUGAGAUUUAUAGCAAUGACUUCACCACUCCCUUACCAGCUGUAAUUGACAAGUGUAUUCAGUCCUCGCCAAUUGACACUAGGAGGUCUUUGUAUAAGAAUAUAGUGUUGUCUGGAGGUUCAACCAUGUUCAAGGACUUCCAUAGGAGGUUGCAACGGGAUAUAAAGAAGAUUGUCGAUGCCCGGCUUCUUGCAUCUGAAGCUCGAGUUGGUGGGGAAUUAAAAUCACAGCCAGUGGAAGUAAAUGUGGUCAGUCAUCCCAUCCAGAGAUUUGCAGUUUGGUUUGGAGGCUCUGUACUUGCAUCCACACCUGAAUUCUAUGCGGCUUGCCAUACAAAAGAAGAGUACGAGGAAUAUGGUGCGAGCAUAUGCAGAACAAAUCCUGUUUUCAAGGGUAUGUAUUGAUGAAAACAUCAAUUUUGGCCGGAUCACAUGCCGGCAAUUCCCGAUAAAAAAUACGUCUCUUACAUGCUCAGUAAUGCAUUUCCUGAUAUUUAUGUAUGCAUGUGCUGCUAGAGGCGGUUUGUAAUAUAAUUACUCAGUUAAUCUUAAUUUUGUAAGGGAUGUGGGGUUUUUUUUUGUAAUGAUAAUUUCAUUUAGGGGGCAAUAGGUCACUUAGAAACCAAUAGGAAAUAGUCUCUGCGGUGUUGCAUGUCCAAGUGGCCCUGAAGGAUCAGAUGAGAUGAGAUGAGAAUCGUGAUUUGGGCAAGAAGACAAGAACCUGGCUGAAUUGCAGUUUUGGUGUUCAGCUUAGAAUAGAGUU